UUGUGUCGGCUACCACAUGCACCCACUAUCGCGUCGCGCGAGCUCACGACGCUCCUGUCUGCAUACAUUUCAUUAUAAAAAGUCGAAAAUAAAUAUAGACGAUUAUAUAAAAAAAGAGAUAUAAAAAAAUUGCACAUUGAAUUUUUUUUUUAAUAUGACUAGUGAAGUGCUCGUGUAGUUUUUUUUAUUUUGAUAAAUUUUUUUUUUGGCAAUGGCGAAGUCUGCAAUUUUUAUUCGAAAAUCUUUAUUCCCGUCAACCACGAGGCGGCAUAUAAGCUCAUCGUCACGAAGGUCGUCAACAUCACCACCCCGGUACAAAGCGGCCGCAGCGCCAUCUGUCGCCAAUUACCUAAAACCAUUCAAUGAUAUACCAGGCCCGAUUGCGUUGCCUAUGUUGAGACAUUCCGCUCACGUGCUCCCUAGAAUUGGUAACUUCCACCAUACCGUCGGCCUGGGUCUUCUUGAGGGCCUCCGUGAUAAGUACGGAAACCUGGUGCGGCUGGCCAAGGCAUCCAGAACACGGCCCGUGCUGUAUGUCUUCGACCCUGAAAUGAUGAGAGAGGUAUACGAGAGCAAUGUAACUGAGCCUCCGUGCUGGAAACGAUCGCCUCUCAGUCAACACAGAAAUGCUUUCAGCUCAUGCCCUAUUUCUGGGGACGAAACUAAAGCAAUAUGGAUAGCGAUACACACUUUGUUACACGACGGAACGUUGCUGAAAAAUUACGACCGAGUAUUUGACGAGAUAGCUGCAGAUGUGACACGCAGGUUGGGUGCACUACGUCACGCAGGAAACGCACUAAACGAAGAGUUGGAGACAGAAGUAUACAGGUGGGCGCUCGAGACUAUCGGCAUGAUGAUGUUUGGCAUCAGGCUGGGCUGUUUGGAUGGAGAAGUACAUGUGCCCACUGCUGAAAAUAGGUCCCCAGAAAAAACAUCGAUGGAUGACGACACUCCGAGUGUUUGUUCUCUAUCAAAACGUAACCUCGAAGGACUUAAUCCAGCCGAACGUCUGGUCAGAACUGCUAGAGAAAUCGCAGAUGGCAGUUACCUAGUACGUAGCGAGAAGACACUUAAGACUGAUUCACAAGUUUUCAACGAUGCCUUAAAAGCUUUUGAUAGACAAAUUAGCCUUACAGAACAUUUCCUCACACGAGCUCUAAAGAACUUAAAUUCCGGAGACUUGAGGCCGGAACAAGUUCUGCUGAACAAACUUCGUCCAUUAGAUAUGCGGAUACUACCAUUAGCGUCUGAUGUACUACUGGCUGGGGUCGGCCCCCUUGUUCAAACAGCUAUCAGCAUGUUCUACCAACUGUCCCUCCACGCUGCACAGCAACAGCGAGCCCACGAUGAAGUUGCCUGGUCUGUAGCAUCCAGGGACGCUGGAGCCGGGUCCCCUGAGAUGCCGUACGUUGCUGCCUGCACUCGAGAAGCCCUAAGACUUCAUCCAGCUACUGGUGGAGUAGUGCGAAGAAGUAACGAGAGAUUGUCUGUCGCUGGAUAUGAAAUACCUGCUGGGGUGGAUAUAGUUUUAGCACAUGGCGUGACCAGCAAAUCUGAUCAACAAUGGGGCAGAGCGAAGGCCUUCAUUCCUGAGCGCUGGUGUAGUGAAGGAUGGGAACCAUUGAGAGCUUCGAAAGCUCACCCCUUAGCUUCCUUACCUUUUGGAGAAUCCUGCCCAGCGGGAGGGAUAGUGGGAAAAAUGUUGGACUCGUUAGUGAUUAGAGUUCUCGAUAGAUACAGACUGGAAUGGCACGGUCCACCGCCAAAUAUGGUCACAACCGGUGUCAAUAGACUGCAGCCGCCAUAUUACUUUGUGUUGCAAAACGCUGCUUGAACGCUGUGAUAUUUUUAACUUUACCUGUAUUUGUCGACGGGCUAGAUAUGUGUAUCUCUUAAUGAAUUAAUUACGUACAUAUAGGUGUAGGCCUAUGAUAACAAAAAACAUAUUUACAAAAAAAAAUAUUUAAAAAAAUUCCGUAAUAAAUUCAUAAAAACUUACAUUUGGAACAUAGCAUUAUAUGGGUGUGAAACCUAGACAAUGACACGAAAGGAAAGAAAGAUGCUUGAGGUAUUUGAAAUGUGGACAUUGAGGAGAAUGGAAAGGAUAAGCUGGACAGAAAAAGUAACAAACGAGGAAGUCUUGAAAAGAGUGAAUGAGAAAAGAACAAUAAUAAAAACAAUAGAAAAUAGAAGAAGCAAAAUGCUGGGCCACCUUAUACGACAUAUUGAUUUUUUAAAAAGCAUAGUAGAAGGAAAAAUAGAGAGCAAAAGAAGAAGGGGAAAACCGAAUAAUAACUACAAGGGGCAGAUAAAGGAAACACUAGGUGUCAUGUCGUAUAGAGAGGUCAAAGAUGUGGCCUGGGAUAGAGCUGGCUGGAGGAAAAUGCGUUUAAAUGCGCGUUUAAAUUUAAUGCGCGAAAAAUUAGUUGUAAUGAUAAGAAGAAACUCUUAAAUGAAAAGAGAGAUAUGUAAUAAAAUUUACCUCUUCCAAUUUUCGAUAUACUAUUUUGUAAUCUUCCAAAAAAAUUUCUCUUUUGGAUCUGUAUUAUUUACUUUAUAAUUAUUUAUGACAUUCAAUUAAGUAAGUAUGAUAAUAAUUCAUAAAUUAAUAAUAAAGAAAUAAUUUUAAUAAA